GUGGAAGAGGUCACUGUUCGUGAGAAGGCCGUGGAAUCUAUCCGUAACAUUGCCAAACAGCACACACGAGAGGCGAUGGUUUGUGAAUUUUAUCCCAUGAUCGAACGGCUCUCUUGCGGUGAUUGGUUCACCAGUCGUUCUGCCGCUUGCUCCUUGAUUAGUGUAGUCUAUCCACGUGUCAGCAAAGCAAGUCGCGCUCAUUUGCGCGAAAUACUACAAAAAUUGGCAAUGUGA